GGCGAAAAAGAGGGGAAGCGAACCGUGCGGGAUAAAAUAUCCGAGCCCUGGAUAAAUCGUGAGAGCCCUGUGCACGGUACUACUACUGAUUCAGCAUCGGCAAUAUUGCUUUCGGCAGUUUCGGCAUGCUUUACCGCCACAAUGCUACUGGUGCCUGGUGCGUGCUUGCUGUGUGCUGUGUAUACUAUAGAUACAAAAUAACAAAAUAAUUCAGUCUUUCUGAAGUCUCCAGCCUAGUGAACAUCGAAGUCUAUAAUAUUCUCAUUAUUUACAAAUUAAAACGUGUAGAAGCACUGUUGUUUCUUGUUUAUUAAUUAUAAUCGAGAUCCAUUAUACGAGACGGUAUGACGUCGUUCUAUGAUAAUUACGAUCAUUAUAAAAAGAUGCUCGAGCUGCACGAGAAGCUACGGAAAAGCGAGGAGGAAAGAAUCAGAUUAGAGGAGCGGUUCAAAAUCCUCGUCGAGGAAUCCCGCGACAGACAUGAUGCUUGUAUAAACCGCCUGAGGUCCAGAUUCAUCGAGUUCCUGGAAGAGCAGAGUGACAGGUGCGAAAGGAACGACACAAUCCUAAAAACGUUGGAUAGAAUCGACAAUGAUUUAGCGUCGAUGACAAUUAAAGCCGAGAGGCUCAGUGGUCAGAAGAAACAGUAUUACGACUCGGCUGCCGAUCGACGGUUCGAUAAGAACGGAGGAAUCUCUCGAAACGGUGAACGAUCACCCUUGAACGGUCGAAAAGGUGCUCCGAACACUCGAGAAUGGGUUUCAAACGAUCACCAAGUUGUAAACGAUCAACAGAUCCCUUGGAACGUACGAGAAUUGCCUCUGACCUCUCGACGACUCAUCGCAAACGCUCGAGAAUUAAAUACGGGGCCAGAAUCAUUUCCGACGAACGCUCAACGAUUAUAUACAAGAAACGCUGAAAGAAUAACUUCAAACGUUCCAGGAUUCGUUAAAGAGGCUCAGAAAUCUCUUUCAAGCCUUUCAGAACCGUACACAACGAACACUCAACAAUUAUAUCCAAGAAACAUAGAAGAACUCGCUGUAAAUACUCAGAGAUUAGCUUGGAAUGUCUCAAGAUUCGUUCCAAAGGAUCGAAACCUGGUUUUGGCAGAUCCAGAUUCGUAUACAACGAAUGCUCAACGAUUAUAUACAAGAAACGCUGAAGGGAUGACUUCGAACGUUCCAGAAUUUGUUAAAGAGGGUCCGAGAUCUCUUUCGAGCUUCUCAGAAUCGUUCCCAACAAAUACUCAACAAUUCUAUCCGAAAAACAUUGAAGGGCCUGCUAGAUAUACUCAGAGCCUAACUUGGAACGUUCCACGAUUCAUUGGGAAAAGUCGAAGCCUGGUUUUAAGAGAUCCAGAGUUGUACACGACGAAUGUCGAGCGAUCGGCUUCGUACAAUCAAGAUUUGGCUCCGAUCAAUCGAACAUUAGCGUCAAUUAAUCAUCCGAUGUUAUCGAAUAACAGACAAUGUUCUAUUAUUAAUUAUUCUUCGAGCUCUUCUUCGCUUAAUACGAAACGCUACGAGCCUCGCGAUAAUUCGUUGGACGCCAGUGAAGUGACACGGUACGCCGAUAUUGGAGCGAACGAUUGGCCAAAUAAAUCGAACAGAGAUGAAUUUGAGAAACAGACAGUCCUGCAAUUUUUUACCAGGUUUCCAUCUCCUACAUCAUCGAGAUUCAAGUUAAGGGAGUUUCAAGCGAAUUCGCGAGGAUAUAAGAGUCCAUCAAACAGAGGAACGAUUAGACCGAGGUUUAACACAAAUUCGAUAUACAAUGGAAUUCCAAAGAGGACCGAGUCCAGCCUUUUCGACAGCUCUUAUGGCACACUUUCAAGAGGAUCGAGUUUCAGGAAGAACACGUUGGGAGAUUAUAUUAAACGAAUUAAGAGGCUGCAGUUCGAGGAUGAAACCGCCGAGGACGAGGCAAGGAUUGCCGAUCAGACCGUAAGGAUAGACGACGGGGAGAGUGAAACGGAUCGAAACGAGGAGAUUGUGGAUACGAAAGGUGGAAUGAGGAAGGAGACAAGGGGAGCAACAAAAGAUAAAGAGAUCGUGAACGAGGAACAAAAGGAGGAAUGCGAGGAGCAGAGUUUAUCGCUCAGAAACGAUAUUAUCAGAUGUAGCGGUGAAAGUGUGACGGAUAAUCCUGCUGAAAGUUUAUCAGUAAUCCAACCGGAUUGCUCAGAGUUUAUCAGUAAUCCGGCCGAAUUUGAAGGUAAGGAGUGUGAAAGUAAUGACGAGGAAUGGUACGGCAAGGAGGAAUUCGGUAUUCGAAAUCAGAAUGAAGGAGCAGUGAGGAGUAACGAAGAUCGUAGCGGUGGAAAUGAAGGAUAUAACGUGGAAGGAUACGAUGAUGGUAGAGAAUACUCUGAUCAAAUUUGUGAAAAUCGGAAUAAUCGAAAUGAAGAGUAUAAAGGUGGAUAUGAUGUUACCAAUCGAAAGCAACGACUGAACGAUGAUCAGAGCGAAGGAGCAGUGACGAGUGGCGAGAAUUACAGCGGUGGAAACGAAGGGUAUAAUGGAAACGUGAAAGAAUACGAUGAUGGUAGGGAAUACUCUGAUCAAAUUGGUGAACACAAUCGGAAUGAUCGAAAUGAACAGUACAACGAUGGAUAUAAUGGUACCGAUCGCGAGCAACGAUCGAACAAAUAUCAGGGCGAAGGUGCAGAAAGUGAAAACUACAGCGGAGAUAUUAAUCAAGGGUACCAGGAUCGAGACGAAAAUGAGCAUUACGCUGUUAAUGAAAAUCGUAACGAAGAGAUCGAAGCUGAGAAAUACGACGAUAAUCAAAUUGAAAAUCAAAACAUGGAGUACCAAGAAGUACCUAUAAAUGGGAACGAAGAAUUUAAUGAACAGUACAAUGAAACUGAUGGCCCGUACGUGGAAUACGGUGAACAUAUUUCGAAUAAAAAUGAACAUUACCAAGAGGAACCUGUGAAUCCGAAUGAAGAAUUCAACGAACAGACUCGAAAUGAAAGUGAACGGUACAUUGUUAAUAACGAGAAUCAUGACGAGGUCAUCGAAACCGAGAAAUGCGACGAUGAUCAAGUUGAAAAUCAAAAUGAGGAGUACCAAGAGGAACCUGUAAAUGGGAAAGAAGAAUUUAAUGAACAGUACGUCGUCGAUGAAAAUCGUAACGAAGGAAUCGGUCCAGCAGAAAAGUACGAUGAAACAGAAAGCCCGUACGUGGAACACGCUGAACAAAUUUCAAAUAAAAAUGAGCAUUACCAAGAGGAACCUGUGAAUCCGAACGAAGAAUUCAACGAACAGACUCGAAAUGAAAGUGAACGGUACAUUGUUAAUAACGAGAAUCGUGACGAGGUCAUCGAAGCCGUGAAAUGCGACGAUGAUCAAAUUGAAAAUCCGUUGAACGUUGAAGAGAUUCGAAAUGGAGACGAAAAUCAAGAGGCGGAAGAUCAGAGUUUUGGAUACGAUGAACUGGCCCGUACAGAAAAUCAGUUGAAAUAUAACGAACCUAACGAGGAAGGAUACGGUGACGAAAGAGAAGGUGAUCAACGGGGUAACGAAGAUUACGAGCAGUAUAAUUACGAGAACGAUCCCGAUUAUCAAUACCGAGAGAAAGAAGAAGCCGGCUACUACGAUGGCGAAGGUGAUUACAAGGAAAGUGAUAAGAACGGAGAGAUGAUGUCUGAUUCAAAAAAUGAGGCUGCGAAUUCGGAUGAAGCCGAGAGGAAGAAGAAUGUAAAUAAAAUUCUGUUAGACUCGGACACGGACAGCACUAUUGAGAAAAAUGUAAUAUCGAACACCGAGAGCGAUUUCGAUUUCAAUUGAAUUGUACCAGGCUGCUUUUAGUAUGAUUUAAGCAUAGUUCAGAAAACUGUAGGAAACAGUUCCGAUGGAAUUUUUAAGCCGUUAUUAGAGCCUCUUAUAAAUUUCAUUCAAUUCUCUUGAUUACAACGCAAGUUAUUACAAUUUGAAGUGAUAAAUUUUAAUUAGAAUAGGACUGAUUUUUAUGUUAAGUGUGUUUUUGUUAAUAUUUAUGAAAUUAUUAAAGAUAGAUUUAUGAAA